AUGACGGACUCUGCCGAACGUCACGAGGAGCAUGGCUCAGCAAAAGAUGACAUCCGCAGACACUAUUCGGCCGUUUUCACUAAAAAAAGUGAAGGGCUGUGGAUGACAAGCAAACAACAACUUGAUGGUGGCAACAGAGUGGAAAGUGUAUCGAUACCAGCCGUUCCAGUAAGGAAGGCUAAUAUGGCACCAAGGCGACCGUUUAUAGAUUACAACGGCCGUGUAAGGGUCGGGCCUACCCAUAUGUCUACCAGUGUGUUUAUUAACUCCAAUUGUGUAGGCAACCUAAGAGGCAGUGGCACCAAUGUAAAACAUGCGGCGAACCCAGUGGGUUUUGCUCAAAGACAAUCAAAUAACACUAUUGGGACAAGAGAAUGCCAGCCACCUGUAUCUCCGAUAUUAGCAAUGUAUGGCAAACAAAUGAACGGAAAGGGACCUUCCGCUGCCGAUAACCCUUUCGACUCUUCCGAAGACGUCGGUGCAGCGACACAGGCCCAGCAGGUGACGCACAACAAUGUACAGUUGGCAAAAUCAGAAAGUUCAGAUGGAUGCUUUACAAGCAACGACUUCGUAGCGUGGUUACCUAGGCAAGACCCUGGGGGGAAAGAUGAGUCAAAUUCAUCAAACUCAACGAACUCAACGUCGAACCGUGAAAAUAACGGAAACAAUGGAUCGAAUAGAUCAACAACAAGUAUAUCAGGAGGCAUAAAACGAGGUUUUCAAAAGUUGAAGACCGCCUUGCGAAACGUCUUGGCAAAAAUCAAACACUCUAUAACGGGUUUGUGCUCAGGCUCAAAAAAAAAUGCACAACCACCAAACCGUGUAGAAAAUGAGAAAUGCGCUGGAAAAGUAGCGUUUGUGGUGUCGGAAACUCGCAGCAGCUCAUUAUAA